GAGCCGGCGCCUGCCCCGGCACCCGUCGCCAAGGAUGCGCCACCGUCACCGGAAGCGCCGAAAGAUAUCCCUGAUGAAGAGCCUCCUCCGGCAUCGCCGCCGCCGCCGCCUGUGCCUCCUGCCGCCACGACGACGGAUGCGCCCCUGCCGGAUGCCGCGAUACCGCAAAAAUUGACCGAUGAUGAUCCUGAACCGCUUAAGGCAGUGCCUCCGCCACCAACAAAAUCCGCGGUGUCGCGGGAGGUGGUUCCACCGCAGGCGGUGACGCGGAAGGAUGUUCCCCGGCCGAAAGUCAUUCAGCUUUCACAUAUUACACAGCCGAACGUCACAAGAAAGAUGCAGUCGGAGUCGCACUCGCUUCUUUCUACGCUGGAUGCAUUCCGUGUCGAUCAGAAACAGACACAUCCACCUAAGGCCCGCGCAAACCCGAAGCAGGGAGGGGCGCCUCAUGGUGGUGGGUCGCCUGAGGGCGAUAUCACCCGCGCGCUCAAUCCGGCGCAGAAGGGUGCGAUCCGUCAAGGUGUGCGGCGGUGUUAUACCCAGGACACGGCGGCGCAAAAUUACGCGACGUUUAGUGCUGGCUUUAUUGUUACUGUGGAUGCUCAAGGCGUGGCGCGUCAGGCUGAAUAUACCUCCGAGACAAGACGACGCGCUGCAUCCGACCCAGCAUUUCAGGUUUUCGCGGAGCGCGCUCAGGCUGCUGUCCUCAGUCCGAACUGUGCGAAACUUGACCUGCCCGCGCAGAUGCUUGGUGUCGUUCAUACGCUCAAUUUUGUGUUCCGGCCUUAA